CGGCGCUCGCUCCGGCCGCGGCGGCCAGGGCUCCGGGCUGGGGUCGUCGUCGGUGCUGCCGGCCAGUUGCGGUCCAGGGUGUGAGCGGCCCACGCGGCGGCCCCCGAGCUGAGGCGGCUGAGGGCUGCGCGGGAGGCCGGGCGCGUGUCCUCCGCGCUCCUGUCCUCCGGGAGGGGUCCGACGGGGCGAGCGGGGCGCGGCGGGAGCGGUAGCCCAGAGCAGAUGACGAUUAAAAUUAAAGCAGGCACAUAGCACGUCCCACCGUGCACGUACUGUUAAGAAUGCUCCACAUUUUAACUUCUUUAAGCUCUGCGACAGCUCCAUGAUUGUUUUAACUCAUUUUUUACGCGGAGAAAAUGAGGUUAACCUGCCGGAGCAUACAGGCUAGUAAUUGUCAGAGUGUAGGUUUAAAGUAUAUGCUUUUGAGCGCUAAAAGCCUGGUCUUGGCUCUGACCCGUCUCGCUCCCACCUGUCCUGACAGCAGUCCUCACUUCAGCUGGGUCCCAUUUCUCAGACAUUUCAGGAUUUCCGUGGUGCAUUGUUCUCGUCUCGGUCUUUUGGGCUGAGGAGGGCUCUGUCGUUCUAAGGCCUCAGUGUCAAUUGUUUUUCCCAAUUCCGUUGUUUCGGGCUUGACUGUUGUUUUAUUCUUGGUGGGUGAGCUCAGGAGCCCUAGCGACUGAUGAGCCUUGUGUCUCCAUGUUAAUCUUUUCCUACUCUCCUUCUCAAGAAGGAAUUGGCCUCACCUCAUUUGGGAGGGCAGAACUGUUAGCUGCUAAGGUCAGGAGCUGAGCACCCCUUCCCCUUUCUCCAGCUGUCUCUGUGAUGGCAUCUCUUGUCCGUCUCUAUCCAUGUCCGCUGCUCUUUUCGGUUGCUCCAUUUCCCCACUCUGUGUUUAAAUAUGGGGAUGGGGAGCAGGCUCUUUGGCAUUGAGUAGUUUUGGCUGGUCAAGAGAGAGCCAUGCCUGCCAGGAAUGCUAGACAUUCUGGAGGCGUGGGAGGUUGGGCAGCUUCCUCUUUUUUAAACGUGCUAGGUUCUAACUGCACAGGAAUGAAGUGUAUGUGCAUUGCAUGCCUUUCUUUAGAAAUUAGUUACUUGCAUAUUAUUGAUGAAACCUUUUGACAUGGCCGUAUGCUGUUUUUGUGGGGAGUACUUUACAAAAGUAUAAUCAAAGACCUCCAGAAUGAAUUUUUCUGAUUUUUUAAAAGCGUCUUUAAGUAGAUUCUUACCAAAUCAGAAAUUGUGCUGAAAUGGCAGAUUUCUGAAAUAUCUGGCAAUUUUUCCUGAUGUAGGAAUAGUAAAAUGGGAGCUAUUAAGUAGAUAUUUGGGGGCAGUUUUAUACUUGUGUUAAACAGCCCAGUGCCUAAAAUGAAAACACUUCUGUAAUGAUGUGUUCUUGGGAGGAUGUACAUGGGGCACAGGACAUUUGAUUAAUAGAGGCUACUCAAGUCUUGGGAAAGUCACAUUCCAGGGUACUGGGAAGUUAAUGUUCACAUUUCUAAUGCAUAUAUUACUUAGAAUUUACAACAUACAGAGAAAGUAGUUUUGCAUAGUAAUAUUUUGUUUGCUACAAAGUUCUUUGCUAAGUGAUUAAAACACGUUGUAAAUGUUGAUGGUUUGAAGUUGGAAGAGAUGCAUGAGAAUUAGAGUUUCACAAAUAUCUUGCUCAACAGUCUGUUUGCAUAGUUCAAACUUCACUUGGAAGCCAUUUAGUAGGUUUCCACGAAGUCAGUUAAGUGUCUGGAAGUGUUUCCAGUGCUAUAUUUCUUGCUCACAAUCUACAGAUAUAUUGUGGUAAAGCCCACAUUUUGUUCAUUACUUAAGUAUGUUAAAAAAAAAAAACACCCCACAAUCUCCCACAAUAAAGCACAGCUAGUCAUAAUGGCUAACAGUUUUUGAGUCUUCAUGAUGAACCAGGCACAGCAUUAAGUGUUUUUUAUAUUAUUACCUCAUUUAAUUAAAUUGUCUCUUGCAGUAUGUUAUGUUAGUAACUACAUUUUAUGUUACCACCAACUAGAGGGUAUUCAUUUUGGGACAUAGGAAAGUAGUAUGAUCUCGGAAAGUGGAUAUCCUCCAAAUGUUUUCACUGUCAUAGUUCAAUUUUAUAAAAACUUGGAUAAACUUUGUUCAUCUUUCCUUUUUUUUUCAGUUUGAAGUAUGAAAAAUAGUAAAGUAUAUAUAAGAAAGUUAGUACAUUACUCACUAUAAUGCUGAAUAGAGGAUUUCAGUUUUUCUGACUGUUCUGUGAAAGGAUGAUUGCUCACAAACAGAAAAAGACAAAGAAAAAACGUGUUUUGUCAUCAGGCCAACUCUCUACCGAUGUUACAGCUCCUGAAAUGGGGCUCAAGUCCAUAAGUUCCAAUUCCAUUUUUGAUCCGGAUUACAUCAAGGAGUUGGUGAAUGAUAUCAGGAAGUUCUCGCAUAUGUUACUAUAUUUGAAAGAAGCUAUUCUUUCAGAUUGCUUUAAAGAAGUCAUUCAUAUACGUCUGGAUGAACUCCUCCGUGUUUUAAAAUCUGUAAUGAAUAAACAUCAGAACCUCAAUUCUGUUGAUCUUCAAAAUGCUGCAGAAAUGCUUACUGCAAAAGUAAAAGCUGUGAACUUCACAGAAGUUAAUGAAGAAAAUAAAAACGAUCUCUUCAAAGAAGUAUUUUCUUCCAUUGAAACCUUGGCCUUUACCUUUGGGAAUAUCCUGACAAACUUCCUUAUGGGAGAUGUAGGCAAUGAUUCGUUAUUGCGGCUGCCUGUUUCUCGGGAAAGUAAGUCUUUUGAAAAUGUUUCUGUGGAAUCGGUGGACUCAUCUAAUGAAAAAGGAAAUUUUUCUCCCAUAGAGCUAGACAGCGUGCUAUUAAAGAACACUGAUUCUGUAGAAUUGGCUUUGUCUUAUGCUAAAACGUGGUCAAAAUAUACCAAGAACAUAGUUUCGUGGGUUGAGAAGAAGCUUAACUUGGAAUUGGAGUCCACUAGAAAUAUUGUCAAGUUGGCAGAGGCAACUAGAAGUAACAUUGGAAUGCAGGAGUUUAUGCCAUUGCAGUCUCUAUUUACCAGUGCUCUUCUUAGUGAUAUCAAAAACAGUCAUCUUUUGCAACAAACAAUCGCAGCACUCCAAGCCAACAAAUUUGUGCAGCCUCUACUUGGGAGGAAAAAUGAAAUGGAAAAACAAAGGAAAGAAAUAAAAGAACUUUGGAAACAGGAACAAAAUAAAAUGCUUGAAACAGAGACUGCUCUUAAAAAGGCAAAACUGUUAUGCAUGCAACGUCAGGAUGAGUACGAAAAAGCAAAAUCUUCCAUGUUUCGUGCAGAAGAGGAGCAUCUGUGCUCAACUGGUGGAGUAGUCAAAAAUCUCAACAAGCAGCUAGAAAAAAAGCGAAGGUUGGAAGAGGAGGCUCUUCAAAAAGUAGAAGAAGCAAAUGAACUCUACAAAGUUUGUGUGACAAAUGUUGAAGAGAGACGAAACGAUCUAGAAAAUACCAAAAGAGAAAUUUUAACACAACUCCAGAAACUUGUUUUUCAGUGUGAUCUUACCCUUAAAGCUGUAACAGUUAACCUCUUCCAGAUGCAACACCUACAGGCAGCCUCCCUUGCAAGCAAUUUACAGUCUCUCUGUGAUAGCGCCAAACUCUAUGACCCAGGCCAGGAGUACAGUGAGUUUGUCAAGGCCACAAAUUCAACUGAAGAAGAAAAAGUUGAUGGGAAUGUAAAUAAGCAGUUAACAAAUAGUCCUCACACUUCUGGAUAUGGACCCAGCGACUCGUUAGAAGAUGUAGUGCGCCUUGCUGACCCCUCUAGUAAGAUUGAAGAGGACAGAUGCUCCAAUAGUGCUGAUGUAACAGGUCCCUCUUUUAUAAGGUCAUGGACAUUUGGGAUGUUUAGUGACUCUGAGAGCACUGGUGGAAGCAGUGAAUCUAGAUCUCUGGAUUCUGAAUCUAUAAGUCCAGGAGACUUUCAUCGAAAACUUCCACGAACUCCAUCCAGUGGAACCAUGUCUUCUGCCGAUGAUUUAGAUGAGAGAGAGCCACCUUCCCCUUCAGAAGCUGGACCCAACUCCCUUGGAACAUUUAAGAAAACAUUGAUGUCAAAGGCAGCUCUCACUCAUAAGUUUCGAAAAUUAAGGUCCCCCACAAAAUGUAGGGAUUGUGAAGGCAUUGUAGUAUUCCAAGGUGUUGAAUGUGAAGAGUGUCUCCUUGUUUGUCACCGAAAGUGUUUGGAAAAUUUAGUCAUCAUUUGUGGUCAUCAGAAACUUCCAGGGAAAAUACACUUAUUUGGAGCAGAAUUCACACAAGUUGCAAAAAAGGAAUCAGAUGGCAUCCCAUUUAUACUCAAAAUAUGUGCUUCAGAGAUUGAACAUAGAGCCUUGUGUCUACAGGGAAUUUAUCGUGUAUGUGGAAACAAAAUAAAAACUGAAAAACUGUGUCAAGCCUUGGAAAAUGGAAUGCACUUGGUAGACAUUUCAGAAUUUAGUUCACAUGACAUCUGUGACGUCUUGAAAUUAUACCUUCGACAGCUCCCAGAACCAUUCAUUUUAUUCAGAUUGUACAAAGAAUUUAUAGACCUUGCAAAAGAGAUCCAACAUGUAAAUGAAGAACAGGAGUCAAAAAAGGAUAACCCCGAGGACAAAAAAUGGCCGAGUAUAUGUAUAGAAAUAAACCGAAUUCUUAUAAAAAGCAAGGACCUCCUAAGACAACUGCCAGUGUCAAAUUUUAACAGUCUUCAUUACCUCAUAGUUCAUCUUAAGCGAGUCGUGGAUCAUGCAGAAGAAAACAAAAUGAACUCCAAAAAUUUGGGGGUGAUAUUUGGCCCAAGUCUCAUUAGGCCAAGGCCCACAACAGCACCUGUCACCAUCUCCUCUCUUGCUGAAUACUCAAAUCAAGCACGGUUGGUAGAGUUCCUCAUUACUUACUCACAGAAGAUCUUCGAUGGGUCCCUGCAGCCACAAGAUGUAGUUGUGUGUAGUAUAGGUGGUGUUGCAUCUCAAGUUGAUCAAGGCUGUCUUCCAAAGCCUCUAUUGUCACCAGAAGAAAGAGACCCAGAACAUUCUACGAAGUCACUGUUUUUCUCUUCAAAGGAAGAUAUGCAUACUGUGGGUAGUGAAACCAAAAGUUUUGAGCCAGCUACAUCAUUUGAGGAAUCAGAACGAAAGCAAAACGCAUUAGAAAAAUGUGAUGCAUGUCUCACCGACAACAAAGUGGGUUUGCUUAUAGACCUAGAGCUUGAAUCAGCAUCACAGAAGAUGGAAGAUGUUUGUAAAACCUCCAAGCCACUUAAUCUGAAAUCAGAUAGGGAAGCAAACAGUGUUGAAAGGCAUGCUCCAAGGACCAAGAUGAGACCUGUAAGUUUGCCUGUAGAUAGACUACUUCUUCUGGCAAGCCCUCCUAAUGAGAGAAAUGGCAGAAAUAUGGGGACCGUAAAUUCCGACAAGUUUUGCAAGAAUCCUACCUUUGAAGGAGUUAGUAAGAAAGAUACUCCUUCUGUUGGUUGUUCCAAAUUGGAUGGCUCUGAGCAGUCAACUCUGCAAAGCCCUUGGGAGCAACAAUGGGAACAAAAUGGACUAACUGUAAAGACUGCAGUGACUGUGCCCAGUGCACUCCAGGACAGAGGACUGACAACAAGCCCCAGGAUCACUGGGGGCCACCCAGUCAGUGCCGCCCAGCCCAGUAAGCCAUACUCAGAACCAGUGAGGCCAGCAAGACAGGUGUCUGGGAGACGGUCCUCUGAUUCCUGUCCUCCUGCUCCUGUCCGAGCGCCCAGAACACUGCAGCCGCAGCAUUGGACAACGUUUUAUAAACCACGUGCUCCCAUGGGUGGUGUGAAAGGGGAUGAGGAGAAACCUGCAGCACCCUCCCCAGCACCGCCUCCCAGCACAACUCCCACCCCCCAGGGGCAUGCACUAAGAACAGUGCCAGACUCUGAAAACGCCCCAGCUGCCCCCACACAGCCCACCAGGAAGCCUAAAGAGAGCCCUGAGGAACGGGACUUGCCUGAUGUGCCGCCAGCGUGUCAGAGACCAAGGCUAAAACGAAUGCAACAAUUCGAAGACCUUGAAGAUGAAAUCCCACAGUUUGUGUAGGGUUGUCAGAAUUCAGCUUUUCUCUUUUUGUUGUUUUGUUUUGUGGUAUUAUGUUUUGUGAAAGAAACUUUUGACAGGGCCCCUUUUGUAUAGUAUUGCCAAAUCAUGGAUUUUGCUAUUUGUCGUCGUCCUUACAUUAUACUGUGUUGGUUAUGUUUAUUGAAUGGUAGAUUGUUUUGUUAGGGCCCCAUCUGUGCCUCACUGGAAUUAUAUGUAUUUUUAAAGUUGUGAAUAAAUAGGUGGACUCAUGUUUUUUAAAGUUCAGUUGAUUUUUCCCAUAAAAUGGUUCAUUUAAAUGCAUCCCUAAUAUAUGAUAUAGUUCUCAACUAACAGGUGCAAUUGGGGAAAAUCAGCUUUAUUUUUUGAAGUGAAACUAUGUUGCUUAUUUAUAAAAGAAAUAUUUCUGAAUGCAAGUGCCUGAAAGAUCUUUGUUUGGUAGGAUUGUUUUGUUCACACAAUUUUAUAGUGUGUCUUCGUCCAUUUGUAUGGUAUAUAUGUAACCUUUUAUUUUUCAGUUGGCAGUUCACUUUUUAAUAUUUACAUAAUGGCCAAAAGGCUUGCAAAUCUCUAUUUAAUUGCAUUUUGGUUAAUUGCCAGAUUUUCCAUGUGGUAGUCAAUUGAAUUGUACAAAGAAAGUGCACUUAAGCUUGUUUCUAAAUUACAUAGUUCAGCUCUGCCUUAUUUGGCUUUAGAUGGUUUUAAUACAUUUAAUAUUUUUUUUACCUCUUGGCUUUGUUCUGCAUAAACUUUUGUUCAACAGUUCUGAACCUUUUGGUAUUUUAUAUAAUGGUCCAAAAAUGUUUUAAAAUUCAAUGCAUUUCCUCUU